CCCCACUCAGCUCCUGCACAUUCACAAUGUCCGCUCCCUUCAUCCCAGACUUUCGUUCAAUCGGGCAGAACAUCCACUACUACGAGCCAGAUCUUAUAGAUACACCAAUACCUGAGAAUGCAGUCACUCACCCAUCCCUAAUCAUCCUGUGCACCUGGUACGGCGGCGCAACACCCCGCCGCGUGGCCAAAUACACCAGCGGCUACCGUCAACGCUACCCCCGCACAUCCAUUCUGCUCAUCAACACUUCUUUUCGCGACUAUGUCGCCCGUUCACUGCACUCUAUCGAUGGAAACCUUACUCCCGCCAAGAAUACAAUAACCAAGACAUUGCAGUCCUCUCCUGAUGCCAGGAUUUUGCUUCACGUGUUCUCUAAUGGAGGCUGUAACACAGUCACACAACUCGCGCGAGCAAUGAAGUCAGAACCAGCAAACUUCAAAUCAGCGCUGAAGCUAAUCAUCUUCGACUGCUGUCCAGGAGACUCAUCUUUCGACAGACUCUACGCUGCUGGAGCAGUGGCUCUACCGACAGCUCAACCUGGUCGUGCGAUUGGAACUGCAGUGCUUUAUUCCACUGCUAAGGUGGCAUAUGCGCUGCAGGGUAUCAAGGCGAUGAGGUCCAUAGAUGAUUAUCGUACAGAAUUGAAUGAUGCGGAGAUCUUUGGAGAGACGCGUAGGUUGUAUCUCUAUUCUAGGAUUGAUGACAUGAUCCCCUGGAAAGAUGUGGAAGGGCAUAUGAUUGAGGCUAGUCGCAGGGGGUAUCCUGUUACAGGGGUCAGCUUUGAGGAUGGGAAGCAUUGUGGGUUAGUCAUGGGGGAUGAGCGGCGGUAUUGGGAUGCUGUAGAACGGGCCUGGGAGGGAGGGAAGACGAUUGUCUGGGAGAGGAGUAGGCUGUGAUUCAAUCAUCAUAUUGGUUCGGGACGGUCGUCUGGGUGUCCUAAAAGCUACUGAAAAAGGGCCCUAGAGUCAGAUAUAACGCGACUACCUUUUUGAUAGGUAUAAUCAGUCAUUGAAUCAGGAAAGAACUAGUCAGCCUGAAGAAUCCUUAAAUCCACCAAUCAAGCAGGGUGUCAUCUCCUCGGUGACUUGGC